AUGUCAAAAGGUAGUAUUCAUGAGGUUGUAUUGGUUGGUGGUUCUACUCGUAUUCCUAAAGUUCAACAAUUACUUAAAGAAUUCUUUAAUGGAAAAGAACCAUCCCGUGGAAUUAAUCCAGAUGAAGCUGUUGCUUAUGGAGCUGCAGUUCAAGGAGGUGUUUUAAGUAAUAUUAAAGGAACUGAAGAUAUUGUUUUGUUAGAUACUACUCCAUUAACACUUGGUAUUGAAACUGUUGGAGGUGUAAUGACUUCAUUAAUUAAAAGAAAUACUCAUAUUCCAAUUUCAAAAUCACAAACAUUCUCUACAUAUCAAGACAAUCAACCAUCUGUUACUAUUCAAGUUUUUGAAGGUGAACGUACAAUGACUAAAGAUAAUCAUUUCCUUGGAAAAUUCGAUUUAGAUGGAAUUCAACCAGCACCACGUGGAGUUCCACAAAUUGAAGUUACAUUUGAAGUUGAUGUCAAUGGUAUUUUAACCGUAUCUGCUGAAGAUAAGAAAUCAGGAAAAAGUGAGAAAAUCACAAUCACUUCUGAGAAAGGUAGAUUAACUGAAGAAGAAAUUGAAAGAAUGAUUAAAGAAGCUGAAGAAAGAGCAGAAGAUGAUAAGAAACUUAAAGAACAAGUUGAAGCUAAAAAUCAAUUAGAAAAUUAUGCUUAUCAAAUUAAGAAUAGUGUAAAUGAUAAUGAAAAACUUGGAGGAAAAAUAGAAGAAGGUGACAAGAAAGUAUUACUUGACGCUGUUCAAGAUGUUACUUCAUUCCUUGAAAAUAACGCAACUCCUACAAAAGAAGAAUGUGAUGAUAAAUAUAAACAAUUAGAACAAAUCGCACAACCAAUUCUCGCUAAAUAUGGUGGAGGAGCUCAACAACAAGCUCCAGGUUAUGAUAAUAACCAACAAUAUGGAAAUUAUGAAGAAUAUGAAAAAGAUGAACUUUAA